CAUUCGACACAAUUAUACGUGACGGUUUUUGCUUUUUCCUUUUCCGAACUCCGAAUUUAUUCGGUGUCGAACUGUCGAGUAGAGAUUAUUGGAGAUCAUCCAUCGCCGUUCAGAUUCUGAUUGCCUGCCUCCCUCCCUUUACAUAAAAUUUAAGCGAAAGAUAUGGCGUGCUUGCAUGAUCACAGCUGCGAAGAUCACGAUUGUUCAUCCGAUUGGUCUCUCUACAAACACAUAGACAUCCCCAAGGUAUCUGCACUGAAUGAGGCUGUUCCCGGAAGUGUUAAAUCAGUUUUCAAAGCUUGGGAGCAGCGCCUGAAUUCUUCAGAGGGUUUCUUGGAAAGCAAUGAGGGAGAUCCUGAAUUAAUCGUAUUUAUCCCAUUUACAUCUGAUGUUAAGAUAAAGAGCAUUUCAAUUGUUGGUGGUGCUGAUGGAACAAGUCCUUCAAAGAUGAGGGCGUUUAUCAAUCGAGAAGGAAUCGACUUCUCAGAUGCUCAGAGUAUGCAAGCUAUUCAGGAGUGGGAUUUGGCAGAAAAUUUACAAGGAGUCUUGGAAUACCAGACAAGAUAUUCUAGGUUUCAAGGUAUUGGAAAUUUGACACUGCAUUUUCCUGAUAAUCAUGGUGGGGAUACAUCUAGAAUACAAUACAUUGGGCUAAAAGGUGAAGCCACUCAGUUGAAGAGAGAUGUUGUUGCAACUAUUGUUUAUGAGCUUAUGCCAAAUCCUUCUGAUCACAAGACAAAAUCUGAAACUGGAGGAGGCAUGUCACAUGUGGAGUGAGUUAGUUUGCACUCACUAUAUAAAAUUGUUAGUAAACUCCACCUUUAACUUUUAUAAAAUUACAAAUGUACCCUUUCUGUUUCACUCAACCAAACCUUGCUAUGUACUCUACUACACUUAAACAAUGUGUCAAGUUUGCUUUGUUUAUAUACUAUGCUGAAUCAAACUCAUUUUAACAAAA